AUGGAGGACAUCGAGGACGUGCUAGGCCCGGCCGGCCUCUCCGGCGGCGGGGCGCCUCCGGGGCUCCGCCUCCCUCUCUCCACGGUCGCGGUCAAGCCCAAGCGCCGGUCGUCCAGGGUCGCGCAGACACCGCCCCAGCCCGAGGCCCGGAUUCCUGGCACGCAGACGAUAUACGUCAAGACGUUCGGGUGCUCACAUAACCAGAGUGACAGUGAAUACAUGUCAGGGCAGCUCUCGGCAUUUGGAUAUGCUAUUACUGAAGAACCCGAAGGAGCAGAUUUGUGGCUAAUUAACACAUGCACGGUGAAAAAUCCUAGUCAAUCUGCGAUGACCACCCUUAUAUCAAAAUGCAAGAAUGCAAAAAAACCAUUAGUAGUGGCUGGAUGUGUACCGCAAGGAAGCCAGGGUCUCAAGGAGCUUGAAGGCAUUAGUAUAAUUGGAGUGCAACAGAUAGACCGGGUUGUUGAAGUGGUUGAGGAAACCUUAAAAGGCCAUGAGGUUCGGCUGUUGAGUCGGAAAACACUGCCCUCACUUGAUUUACCUAAGGUAAGAAAGAACAAGUUUAUUGAGAUUCUUCCUAUUAACGUGGGGUGUUUAGGCGCCUGCACAUACUGUAAGACAAAGCAUGCUCGUGGUCAUUUGGGAAGCUAUACUAUUGACAGCUUGGUGGAUCGUGUGAAAAUUGUUGUCUCUGAAGGUGUCCGAGAGAUAUGGUUGAGCAGUGAAGAUACUGGUGCUUAUGGCAGGGAUAUCGGUACAAAUCUUCCAAAUCUGUUGAACGCAAUUGUUGCAGAGCUUCCUGCUGACCGAAGCACAAUGCUCCGCAUAGGCAUGACAAACCCUCCUUUCAUACUAGAGCAUUUGAAGGAGAUAGCUGCCAUUUUGUGUCAUCCUUGUGUUUAUUCUUUCCUCCAUGUUCCUGUGCAAUCUGGAAGCGAUGCUGUUUUAACGGGAAUGAAUCGUGAAUACACUGUUGGUGAGUUUAGGAAGGUAGUUGACACUCUCUGUGAGCUUGUCCCUGGAAUGCAAAUUGCGACAGAUAUUAUCUGUGGCUUUCCUGGUGAGACUGAUGAAGAUUUUGCCGAGACUGUUAAUCUUGUAAAGGACUAUCAAUUCCCUCAAGUCCACAUAUCACAGUUUUACCCCAGACCAGGGACACCUGCUGCUAGGAUGAAGAAAGUGCCAAGCAAUGAUGUGAAGAAGCGGAGUCGUGAACUGACUUCUGUUUUCGAAUCAUUUUCACCCUACCAAGGAAUGGAAGGCAAGGUAGAGCGAAUCUGGGUAACCAUGAUAGCUACUGAUGGUGUUCACUUGGUGGGACAUACCAAGGGAUAUAUCCAGGUGCUGGUCAUUGCCCCAGAUAGCAUGCUAGGAACAUCAGCGGUUGUGAGGAUCACAUCAGUUGGACGAUGGUCUGUAUUCGGCGAGGUAAUAGAAGGAUCUGUUGUAGUAGGAGAAGCACCUAAGCAAAUCAGCAUUGUACCGCAGAAAGAACACAGACAGAAUCAGGUGGAGGAAGCUGAUUGUUGUGGCGCCGACUCUUGUGGCACCUGUGCAUGCUCUGACGUGGUACAAAACUGCGUCCCUGAACAAUGUAAGAAUACGCCCGAUGCACACCAGACCAUUGAUGAUGUUAACCGUCAGGAGGCAAUCCAGUCUACGCUUGUGAGGAGAAACGUAGAGGGGUCAACGAAAGCAAGUGAAAGCAGUGCUGUAACACGAUCGGUAGGACAGGAACAGCAGGUGAACUUUGUAACUAGGAGAGGGUUAAAUGUUGACACGAUUCUGUGGUGCGGCUUGGCCCUGAGCUUUGCUGCAACGGUAGCCCUGCUUGUUCUCCUUACCAGCAAGAUUUCAUCGACAUCCUCCAACUAGGUUAGGCUGUGGUUGUAACUCGUAACAAUUUGUUCUUGAGCGUGUUGCUGAUCAAUUUUGGCGGUUUGUUUAGUCGAUAUGUAUGUCGUUGCAAAGUUGUGGCACUACAAAUAACAUGGAUGCAGACAGGUUUUGUCAU